GACCGGAAGCGGAUGUUGAUGGUUGUUUAACGGUUGCCCACGGCGAUGGAUUCGGCCGUUUCUCGAUUGAUUGCUAUGGGGCUCUUGUUAAUCGGCGUACGGAUUGAUAUUGUGGGUAACGUGCUCGCCGACGAGAACUUUACUGGCAGUGUGAGCACAGCUCCUCCGUUGGAUUCGAUCUCUGGCAAUGCCACGAUCAUUUCCGAUACUUGGACAGAUUUAACAACGUCCUUCUCUUCGGAUGCUCCAGGUGUGGCACUGCCCCGGGCAGGUACGCUGCCAAAUCUUCAAAUAAACGUUGGUACUUUAUGCGUCUGCAACUUACUGGUGGAACAGUGUGAUAUAAAUUGCUGCUGUGAUCCAGACUGUAGAGAAUCUGAUUUAACUACUUUUACAAAAUGUGAUGUUCAGAUUGUCACGGGUGACAGUAAACUUUGCAGUCAAGAGGCAGCAAUGUACUACUUGAAUAUGAACAAAUCUGUAUCCUUGAUUAACCCCAGCAUCUUUUGUGUUGAGACAAACAACUACAGGGCAGGAUCAUCCUUUUUUGCCCCAGAAGUACCAACUACUGGUAACUUUGACAGCUUAAUGAAACAGUUUGGUGGUUUCUCCUUUAGUACUGCUGAAGCACCUCCAAAUCCACCAUCUACAAGUAGAUCUAAUUCAACACCAAGUGGCUAUCAGUAUGGUGUUCCUAUUAAAGUCGUUGAUGGUUUUCUGAGACUUCCGGCACCUCUGGCAACAUCAGCUUGUGCUGACAACAACCCUGCAGGCUUUUUAGUAAAUCAAGCAACAUUUUGCAGUAGAAGGUUUGACAUAGCCACAGACUGCAGUAAAUUUCCAGCGUUAAGCAUAAAAAACUACCUCAGUUCUAAUAUUUUUCCAAGCCCUAAUACAAACUUGAGCAGUAGUAUCCCAUUCCAUCUUACCUCUAUAAUUUUGAGAUCUCUAAAUAGAACACAAACACAUCUAAAUGACUAUGCUGCUGAUAAUUGGACGCCUAGGUUACAUGUUGAUGUGUGUCGAAAUGUAGUGCUAGAGGUAAAUUAUAUCAUUGUGUAUAAUGAUAAAGGGAAAAUUGUAAAGGCCUCUGCUGGUUUCAUUCUUGGAGCCAUCAACAGUAGCAUGGUACCAAUACAACAACACUUCCAGAUUUCUUUCAUUCAGGAAAAUACAGUAGCACGUCCUCUCAGUGGAAAUCCAGGAUAUGUUGUUGGACUCCCUCUAGUGGCUGGAUUUGGACCAAAUGCCUCAUUUGGUAUAAUUCAAAGCAAAAACAGACUUGGGCAGCUGACUGUCAUUAAGAGUUCAAGCAACCAGGAUUGUUUACAAAUGGAAGGACUACGGACACCAGUGCUUUUUGGAUAUAAUUUAAAGUCUGGUUGUAUAUUGCGAAUAAUCAACCACACAGCAUGCCAUCAGUGGUCACAAAUCAUCAGAAAUCUGUUAAUUGGACAAAACUUUCCUCAAACUGUGGCAUCAUUUGGAAAUUCUCCAGUGCAGAACGUGAAAGACUGGGUGACCAUCGAGCAAGUUACCUCUUUAACUCAGGGUUGUGAUUGUGACAUUCCUCAGUCUUUAGCCUUGGAGGUGAAGUGGACAAAGUAUGGAUCCUUAAUAAACCCACAGGCUAAAAUAGUAGCAGUCACACGAACAAUCAGAGAAACCUGCAUUAUGAUACCUUUGAAAACUGCAAAAGCUUUACACAUCUCUACCUCAGUUACUUUUACAGAUGUGUCAGCAUCUGCCCAGCCCAGAUACAAAAUGAGACCAACAAUCGAUGCCAAAUUACCCUACGAUUUCUUCUUUCCUUUUGUGUGAAAUAUUCUUGAGUUGCUUUUGUGGGGCAGGAUUAUAACUAAACAGUUAUGGAAUUGUUCAAACACAAUUAAUGUGUCUGCUUUGUAAAGUAAUUUGUAUUGACUUUUUCAAAUGUUUCAACUUAGAGUUGCAAUUCCCUAAAGUGUCAUAUUUUCUAUUUAGAUAUUGGAUCAAACCAUUUUGUAUGCAUUUUUAUUUAAAUUUUGUAAUAAAGCUUCAGCUCAGGUUUCUGAAUGGACUGCAUUUACAGAAUAGGAAUUGUAUCUGUAACUAAAGUUACAGAGAUAUACUUUAACAGCACAGAAACACAUAUACAUGUAAAGCACAAAAGUACUGUAAAAUUUAUAUAGUUAUUUUUCUAAGGACAUUGAACUAUUUAAACUGUAUUGUAAAUGGUCUGGUACCAUUAUUUUAUUGCCUUUUUACAAAUGUUUUCUAUGCAGAGAAUCUUUUUAUGCACUUCGUUAUUUGCAUUUUUACAAUUCAUAUCUGGUUAAGCCAUAUCUGAGAACAAUUUUAAUGUAAGAUUUGUACAUAUCCUAGAGAAAGAUAUUUUAUAAAUGAAUGUAUGACAGCCUUCUUAAUUAAUUCAAUCAUCUAAUCCAAGAAAAAUGAAUCUUAUUUUAUAAUAUUUUGAUUUCCAGAACGAUAUCUAGAACGCAAAUCAUUUAAAAAUAAAUUGGCAAUACCUUAAUGUUGCAAUAAAAAAUGUUUUAGCAUA